UUUCUGCUUUCAUAAUUCAUUCAUAUCUCCAUAGUCAGAAAAUACUCUCUCUCUCUCUUCUCUUACUGCAAAGACAAAAACAUCAUUGGUGAUUUGUUACAGACUCUUUACUCGAAACAUCGAGUUUUGAAGUGGGGUUUGAUUGGUUGACCGAUCAAGAGGAGAGAAUGUCGUCGGCGGCGGCAGCGUUGGCGGGCGAUGACCUGGCGCGGCAGACGAGCAGCCGGGGGAGCUGGCGGUCGUCGAGCGUGAGGGAAAUGUGGAACGCACCGGACGUGUUCCAGAGGAGCGGGAGGCAGGCGGGGGCGGCGGACGAGGAGGAGGAGCUGCGGUGGGCUGCGAUAGAGCGCCUGCCGACGUAUGACCGGGUGAGGACAGAGGAGAGAAUGUCGUCGGCCGCGGCAGCGUUGGUGGGCGAUGACCUGGCGCGGCAGACGAGCAGCCGGGGGAGCCGGCGGUCGUCGAGCAUGAGGGAAAUGUGGAACGCACCGGACGUGUUCCAGCGCAGCGGGAGGCAGGCGGGGGCGGCGGACGACGAGGAGGAGCUGCGGUGGGCUGCGAUAGAGCGCCUGCCGACGUAUGACCGGAUGAGGAGAAGCAUGUUGACUCAGGUGAUGAGCAAUGGGAGGGUGAUGCAUGAAGAAGUUGACGUGACAAAGCUUGGGACUCACGACAAGAAGCAGUUAAUGGAGAGCAUACUUAAGGUUGUUGAGGAUGAUAAUGAGAAGUUUUUGCACAAACUCAGAGCCAGAAAUGAUAGAGUAGGCAUUGAGAUUCCGAAGGUUGAAGUUCGAUUUCGGAAUUUGUCAAUUGAAGGAGACGCAUAUGUGGGAACCAGAGCACUUCCUACUCUAUUGAAUUCCUCUCUGAACAUGAUAGAGGGGAUAAUCGGAAUGAUUGGACUCACACCAUCCAAGAAAAGAGUUGUAAAGAUACUCCAAGAUGUGAGUGGUAUAGUAAAACCCUCAAGGUUGACAUUGCUUUUAGGGCCCCCUGGUUCGGGGAAAACAACGUUAUUACGAGCACUUGCUGCGAAACUCGAUGAUGAUCUAAGGGUGAGUGGACAAGUGACCUAUUGUGGCCAUGAAUUUGACGAGUUUAUACCUCAGAGAACCUCUGCUUAUAUCAGCCAGCAUGAUCUUCACUCUGGUGAAAUGACAGUCCGUGAGACGUUGGAUUUCUCUGGUCGUUGCCUCGGAGUUGGAACCAGGUACGACCUGCUAGUAGAGUUGUCUAGAAGGGAGCAAGCCGCGGGAAUCAAACCGGAUCCUGAGAUUGAUGCCUUUAUGAAAGCCACAGCUAUGGAAGGGCAGGAAACUAGUUUGAUCACAUAUUAUGUUCUCAAGAUACUUGGAUUAGAUAUCUGUGCAGAUAUUAUGGUUGGGGAUGAAAUGAGAAGAGGUAUCUCUGGCGGGCAAAAAAAGCGUGUAACUACCGGAGAAAUGUUGGUUGGACCUGCGAAAGCGUUUUUCAUGGAUGAAAUAUCAACAGGAUUGGACAGUUCAACAACCUUUCAAAUUGUCAAGUUCAUGAGGCAGAUGGUUCACAUUAUGGAUGUGACAAUGGUCAUCUCGCUUCUGCAGCCUGCACCUGAGACUUACGAUCUUUUCGAUGACAUUAUCCUUCUUUCUGAGGGCCAGAUCGUCUACCAAGGUCCCAGCGAGAAUGUUCUUGAAUUUUUUGAGCAUAUGGGCUUUAGAUGCCCUGAUAGGAAAGGUGUAGCUGACUUUCUGCAAGAAGUUACAUCCAAAAAGGAUCAAGAGCAAUACUGGUACAGAAAGUAUCAACCUUACACAUACGUUUCUGUGACCGAAUUUGUAUUAGCCUUCGGCUCUUUCCACGUUGGCCAGCGGCUCUCUGAAGAUGUGAGAAUCCCUUAUGAUAAAAGGUCAACCCAUCCUGCUGCACUUGUAACAGAAAAGUAUGGUAUCUCCAAUAUGGAACUCCUUAAGGCCGGGUUCGCGAGAGAAUGGCUGCUGAUGAAGCGUAACUCUUUCAUUUACAUAUUCAAGACAACUCAGAUAACAAUCAUGGCUACAAUAGCCUUGACUGUGUUCUUUAGAACAGAAAUGAAAUCCGGCGAAGUAAGAGAUGGAUCAAAGUUCUGGGGAGCACUGUUUUUCAGUCUCAUCAACGUCAUGUUCAAUGGGAUGGCAGAGCUUGCUAUGACGGUCUUCAGGCUUCCUGUGUUCUACAAACAAAGGGAUUCUUUGUUUUACCCUGCUUGGGCUUUUGGCUUGCCAAUUUGGGCAUUGAGGAUUCCCAUCUCACUACUCGAGUCCGGCAUUUGGAUCAUUCUCACGUAUUACACCAUUGGAUUUGCGCCUGCUGCAAGCAGGUUCUUCAAACAAUUCCUGGCUUUCUUCGGUGUUCAUCAGAUGGCACUUUCGUUGUUCCGUUUUGUUGCAGCCCUCGGAAGAACAGAGGUUGUUGCCAACACAAUUGGAUCUUUCACCCUUCUAUUGGUGUUUGUCCUCGGUGGUUACAUUGUUGCCAAAGAUGACAUUAAGCCAUGGAUGAUAUGGGGCUACUAUGUUUCUCCUAUGAUGUAUGGACAAAAUGCGAUCGCCAUUAAUGAAUUUCUUGAUGAAAGAUGGAGCAAACGUGUUGGAAACACGACUGUUGGGAAGAUCCUUCUAGAUGAAAGAGGCUUGUUUAAGGAAGAAUAUUGGUAUUGGAUUUGUAUUGGAGCGCUCUUGGGGUUCUCUCUUCUUUUCAAUGGACUUUUCAUUGCAGCACUUACCUACUUGAGUCCUUUUGGCGACACUAAAACUUUGAUUGUGGACGACGAAUCUGAGUACAAGAAAACGCAACAAUGCAGUUUUGAAGGUAUUGAUAUGCAAGUGAGAAAUGCUCAUGGAAAUAGCAGAUCAAUGGAAAAUGCAGCAAAUAAUCAAGUUAAACGAGGAAUGGGUUUGCCCUUCCAACCACUAUCCCUGGCUUUCAACCAUGUGAAUUACUAUGUAGAUAUGCCUGCGGAAAUGAAGGCCCAAGGGAUUGAAGAGGACCGCCUGCAAUUGCUACGAGAUGUUAGCGGUGCUUUCAGGCCAGGUGUUUUGACCGCAUUAGUCGGUGUCAGUGGUGCUGGUAAGACCACCUUGAUGGAUGUCUUAGCAGGACGAAAGACCGGUGGAUACAUUGAAGGAAGCAUAAGCAUUUCUGGUUACCCAAAGAACCAAGCCACAUUUGCUCGAGUCACCGGUUAUUGUGAACAAAAUGACGUCCAUUCACCAUAUGUUACUGUCUAUGAGUCUCUCCUUUACUCUGCUUGGCUGCGUCUUGACGCAGACAUCAAGACAGAAACACGAAAGAUGUUUGUCGAAGAAGUCAUGGAGUUGGUUGAGCUUAAACCAUUGAGAAAUGCUCUAGUUGGACUUCCAGGAGUAGAUGGACUCUCAACUGAGCAGAGAAAGAGGCUCACAAUUGCUGUUGAAUUAGUUGCUAAUCCUUCCAUAAUCUUUAUGGACGAACCCACAUCGGGUCUUGAUGCUAGAGCAGCCGCAAUUGUUAUGCGAACAGUGAGGAACACAGUGGAUACUGGACGAACUGUUGUCUGCACAAUUCACCAACCGAGCAUCGACAUUUUUGAAGCUUUUGAUGAGCUCUUAUUGAUGAAAAGAGGAGGACAAGUGAUUUAUGCAGGAGAACUUGGUCGCCAUUCCGAUAAGCUUGUUGAAUACUUUGAGGCUAUUCCCGGUGUUCCAAAGAUCAAAGAGGGUUACAACCCUGCUACCUGGAUGUUGGAGGUUAGCUCCACAGCGGUUGAAUCUCAGCUUAACGUUGACUUCGCAGAAAUUUAUGCCAACUCUGAUCUCUACAAGAGAAAUCAGAAUCUCAUCAAGGAGCUGAGCACCCCGCAACUCGGAAGCAAGGAUCUUUAUUUCCCCACCCAAUACUCCACCAGCUUCUUUACUCAAUGCAAGGCUUGUUUCUGGAAACAACACUGGUCAUACUGGAGGAACUCAAAAUUCAAUGCCAUAAGAUUCUUCACGACAGUCAUGAUCGGUGUCUUAUUUGGAGUCAUUUUCUGGGACAAAGGAGGCCAGUUAGGAAGCCAAAAAGACUUGCUCAAUCUUUUGGGUGCUACCUAUGCUGCUGUUCUUUUCCUUGGAGCUAGCAAUGCGUCUGCGGUACAACCUGUGGUUUCGAUUGAGAGAACCGUCUUCUAUCGUGAACGAGCGGCUGGGAUGUACUCGGAGUUGCCUUAUGCAUUUGCUCAAGUGGCUAUCGAGACGAUCUAUGUUCUAAUCCAAACCUUUGUGUACUCAAUGAUUCUGUACUCGAUGAUUGGGUAUGAAUGGACGGGCGAAAAGUUCUUCUACUUCUACUACUUCAUCUUCAUGUGUUUCACCUACUUCUCAAUGUAUGGAAUGAUGGUUGUCGCCUUGACUCCUGGCCACCAAAUCGCUGCAAUCGUAAUGUCAUUCUUCCUCAGCUUCUGGAACUUGUUCUCCGGUUUCAUGAUUCCCAGGCCUCUAAUCCCCGUGUGGUGGAGGUGGUACUAUUGGGGUUCGCCUGUUUCCUGGACAAUCUACGGCCUUUUCGCGUCCCAAAUAGGAGACGUCAAGAGUGAACUUGAGCUUUCCGGAGGUGAAACAAUGGCGGUGAAUAAAUUCCUCAAAGACAACUUGGGCUACGACCAUGAUUUCCUUUUCCCGGUGGUGCUUGCUCAUGUUGCUUGGGUCCUCCUCUUCUUCUUCGUUUUUGCGUACGGUAUCAAGUUCCUUAACUUCCAAAGGAGAUGAUGAUUAAUACUUUAUUGGUGUGCAGCAGAGAACCUUCAAAAUGUCAAAGAGAUAGAAUAAUUUUGUAGCAAGAGAUUAUACGUGUGGUUUGGAAGGAAAACAGCAAAUUGUAAACAUAAUUUGGUGGACAAAUGGAAUUAUGGAAAGAACUUCUUUUU